GGGAAAGAAAACGCAGUCCGUAAAGGGAGAUUUGCUUGGUCUAAACGCAUUCCAUUUCUUUUCCUUUUUAUUUGGGGAGGCUGUCUUCUUGUAAUUUCUAUAGCUUUUCUAGUACAAGUCUAUCAUUUUAUCCCUUUCUAUCUUUACUUCACUUUGAUUCGAAUGCGAAUAGGACGUUCCUCCCCCAAAAAGGCCUCACUUGGCGACGAAGAAAAGUCUCAUGGUCUGCUUGAAGACAUGGAGCUUCAGGAGACGUCCAAAAGACUGUCGACUAGCUCUGAUGUUGACGUUCGUCCUGACAUGGCCGACCUUGGUUCAUCUUCGCGUUCAUUCCAUCACCGGUCUCAUCAACGCCAAAAGUCUCGGGCUCAGGAUGGCCAAUACGAACGACUUGGUCAAGAGUCCGACAGACCAAACGUCCCAUUGCGAUCUACGGCUCAUUCACGGCGAUCCUCUACAGGGACUAACGAUCCCCGAGAUGAAUCGCCUGUUCAACCUGAAAAUGAGAUCAACAAUCCCAUGAAGCGAUCCCUUUAUCUUUUACUCGAGGACCCAUCAAGCAGUAAUGCAGCCUUUUGGACCAAUGUGGUUGUGUCUGUAUUGAUUGUCUUUAGUGCUGUUACUACUACAAUCGAGACUAUCCCUGCCUUUCGUUCUGCUGAAAGCAAUCGUGUGUGGUUUAACGUAGAAUCUGCUAUGGUUGCGCUGUUUUCAUUGGAAUAUAUUUUGCGCAUCUUUGCUCACUCGGACUCACUUGGAAUGCUCAGGCGUUUCUUCUUGUCACCUAUUUCGAUUAUUGAUUUUAUUUCGAUUGUACCAUUUUACAUUGAACUCUUGGCCAAACGCGAUACGGUGUAUAUAUACUAUUUUCAGGUGACCUAUGAGUUCCGCUUCACGAUCCUGCGCCUCUUCAGACUUUUGCGACUCUUCAAAACCUACAAGUAUUCCAGCUCAUUAGUUAUGACACUUGAGGUCAUGAUGGUAGCCCUCCGCAGAUCCGGUGACGCUUUGUCGGCCCUGUUCUUUUUUCUGGUCACAUCGGUUGUUUUAUUUUCCACCCUUUUGUACUUUGCAGAACGUGGGGUCUGGGACGAAGCUCUAGAAACCUUUGUCACUCCUGAUGGAAAUCCAAGUGCCUUUGACAGUAUUCCUGCUGCAUUCUGGUUUGUAGUUGUUACAAUCACAACCACAGGAUACGGUGAUAUGGUUCCAGCCACGUUUAUUGGAAAACUAAUCACUUUUCCUGCCAUGAUGUUUGGUGUGCUGCUUAUCACUCUACCUUCAAUUAUUGUGGGAAGAAACUUUACAAUCGUAUGGGAGACAAUGCGACGCCACCAGUAUCUAGCAGAGCUUGCCAAUUCAUCUCCAGAUCUAGCAGCAUCAGGACCCGAUACUCCAAAUGAUGAGGGUGAGCAGCAACAAGGGCAGCACCAGCCUCAACAACAACAGCAACAACAACAGGGCCAUAGACAAAGUUCAGAAACUAGACGUCGGUCAUCUUUGCUUGAAGAAAGCUUUGCGCAGUUUGCACCAACUCACACCUCUGGAUUUGGGCUGUUAAACACCGGAAAUGAGGCAGUAAUGGACCAAUUACAGACACUCCUCACUAUAACCCAACAAAAUCAAGAAGCAAUUCAGAAAAUCUUCAAUUUACUUGAGCGACAACAGAAUCAACAAAACCAGCAAAACCAACCACAUUAUUCUAAUCAGCAACACAAUUCACAUCAAACGCCUGCAAAGAGGGUAUCAUUUGAUAUUCAAUCUGUACCGGAAAAUGAACAUAGACCCCUAUGAAGAAUUGAAUUUGGGUUUGGGUUUGGGCUUGGGUUUGGGGUUGUUUUUUUACAUACAUUAUAAAUACACCACAAGCCCCCAUGUGUACAGACCUUUUUAUUUUUAAUUUCUAGUAACCAUGGCUUAGACGUGGGCUUAUAAUUAUGCUUAGC